AAAUUCUCGAGGCGAAAUAAACCGCAUUUCCUAUGGUAAUUUCACUAGCAAUUACAUCAGUGGCUACAUAUUUCCAAUGGUGGAUGGAGGGUUUGGUUUGAUAGCAAGUUCGAAAGUUGUGGAAGGUCAAAAUCUUACGAGUAUGCGAUCACUUGUUGAACCUAAAUGGGAAGUAUCUGUAAGAUUUCUACGGCCAGAUGCCAAAGAAUUCACAGAUCCAUACAUACUAUAUCAGACUAUAGCUGAUUUAGAUAAUAUAAUUAUUCGUCCAUGCAAUGCAGCUUUUGAUGGACAAGGAUAUCAAUGUAUUUUGAAUAUGAUGAAAAUGGACAAUCAAACAUCUCAAGGGAUUUAUCUCAAAAUAACAUUUCUUUCAACCGGAUCACUAAUAAAAAUCGAUAGACUUACUGACAUUAUUAGUUCGAGCUUAAUAACGGAUCUUUUAGCAUUACGAUACGGUGGAUUUAUUUUAUAUGAAUAUGAAUUCAAUAAAAGUAGCGGGAAAAUUCAUUCAGCAAAAGUCUAUGAUAACGAUGGAAAAUAUAGUGGCACAUGGGCUUUCCCAGUUAAUGUUACUAUGACAACGCAACCAAUGGUUCUAUAUAAUAAUAAAGUUUAUUUGAUCUCAAGUCAAAAUGAGCAAGGCGAUUAUGUUAUUUUAUCAACUAAUGUUACAAAAUUUAUGCCCCCAGAUAAUGGAUAUCAAAAUCCAAAUAUUGCUUCAACGAAUCCUAAUAUCAACGCCAUUAUUCCGACCGACACAACUGAUAUAACCGUUACAUAUACUCAAAAAAUUAAUUUAUCAACUCGUAGCGUCGCAAUUUAUCAGAUUUAUGGAAAUAAUUCAAUUCUUCGACAAACAACUUCGGGCCAAUCUAUUUUUUGCUAUUCUAUUGAUGAUUAUACAAUAGGAGUUAAAAUUUUGCGCAGUACAUUUAAUCAACCCGGGGCCUCAUAUUAUGUCGUUGUGGAUAGCGAUUUUAUCAAGACUCGUAAAUACAAUGAAGCAUUAACGGGAAUUGAGGCGUAUGUUUGGAAAUUCAAUUUAACACAAAGUAUUGAAGCAUAUGCUGCAUCAGCUAUAGGAUUGCUUCGUCUAAAUCUCGAAGGAACUAAUCAAUAUCUCAAUCUCUCAUCGAGCGAAAAACGUGAUUUCUUAAAUUACCUUAAAGAAGAUAUAGCACAAGUAAUUCCAAUUAAUUCGAAUCGAAUCGAGAUCGACAAUCGCGUGGGAUACGACUAUUCAAGCAAACAGCCUCAGCUCCUAUUAAGAUUACAGGUUAAUCCUAAUAAUGAUUUAUCAAGCCGUAAUGUCAAAGAAAUUAUGCUUGAUUUGGAUACCUUGAUUUCAAAUAAAAAAAUUACUGGACUUUCUUUGCAUAAUUACACAAAUUUUUUGGAUGAAGAAUACGGAUUUAAACAAAUACGUGA